CACCUUGCUCACAUUAUAACCGGUGUUUGACUAUUUGGGCUUGCCUAUUUGCUGUCAAGGUAGCAGACGUAAAACGAUGAGACCAAGUCCUGGUUACUGAAUGUCGAAGUUUCGUUGAGGUUUUUUUGAUCGUCUGUGAACAUGACAAACGUUUAUUCUUUUGAUGGAAUCCUGGUGUUCGGACUCCUCUUCAUAUGCACCUGUGCGUACCUCAAGAAGGUGCCCCGGCUAAAGAACUGGCUGCUGUCUGAGAAAAGAGGCAUCUGGGGUGUCUUCUACAAAGGUGCUGUGAUUGGGACAAGGCUUCACCUGCCUGUGGCGUUGUCCUGUCUCUCAAUGGCAUUUUAUGUGCUCUUCAUAAAGUGACAGGGGGUGGUCUGUGCUUGUGGACAAGACAGAAGAAGCACUAGACACUCCCAGUGUCCCAGGGCCCACAUGCAGGAUGAAGACUACUGCUCCCCUAUUGGCCCAAAAGUUUAUAGCAUUUACAGAGCAAAAAAGAAAAUUACAUCAUUGUGAAAUUUGACCUAAUUGCAUUGUGCAUACUGGAAAACAAGUCUUAAAGUGGAUUUUCGUGGUCACAGGUGAAGGAUGCAAAAGAGACUGUGCUCACACCAUAGAUUCAUUUUUGCACAAUUUCUUUCGCCAGUGAUUUAAAUCUAUAAAAAGUGAGUUGGUAUUGCUUGUCUCUAAAAAAAGAGCCCAAGGUCUCACAGCACAGUAGGAGUUUAGAAUAGAAUUGUAUCUCUGUAGGGAGCAGCCUAGCUGGUUUGGAAUCUCAGUAAAAUAAGGGGAAGUGGGGUUGAGGAGAUCUUCUCUGUACGGCCUCUUCCUCCUCACUGAGGUCAUGGAAUGUCAGGGGAUCGGCCAGGUCAGUUUUCUUAUGGUAUUCUUAUUUCAUGUAUGACUGGAUAUGAAUGCCUUUGGAUCGGAACCAAUUUAGGAAUAGGAUGAUUACUUCACAUCCUAAAUAUUAGAGAAGUAAAAUGGAUAUAAUUUAAAAUAAGUACAUUAAACACAAUGUUUACUUGUUAUUAUACAAAUUAAUGAUCUGUUAAAAGAUCCUUAGUUUUAAUGGUAGCUUUACUCUCUGGUUUUAGCUGAAUGGCAGACUUUAUAAAUACUUUUUCAGCUGAGAUUAUUUCUUAAACACGGAAUGUAGUGAAUGCAAGCACUGUUGUAACUGUUGCUGCAAUGUUUAAAAAACAAACAAACAUUUAGGAACAGUUAUGGGUCUUAUGUCCCUUUCAGUCCAUAUAUUUGUUUAUGUAUUGUCAUGGUUGUGUCCUAGGUGCAUCUCUAGGGAUUUAUAUUUUAAGUAAAUGGUGAAUUGGGGAUGGGCCUCUCAUUCUGUUUCCUCAUGUGUGGUUGUGAAUAUACUCACACUUAACAGCAAAAAAUACAUGCAAGUGAUGCUCCAUAAAGUCCCAAAGCUGCUUUUGUUAUACAGAACUACUUGACUUUGUGUCUGCUAAGGUCCUGAAAAAUAAUAUGAAGGAAAACAAAGUGUUUCAUAGGCUAAUGGCCACCCCUUUAUACGAAAAAAUACUGUACUGUACCACAGUGAAAAUGUUCUUUUUGUUGUUAUGAACAGCAUAAUAAUUGGUGUGAUUUUGAUUUGUGCAUGGUUGACACACGCAAUAUUGUAGGAGUCUUUAAACUUUCUCUGAUCAAAACAUUUAUAUAUCCUUUUUACCUGUAAUCGUAAAUAUUACAAUAUAUUUCCCAUCAGUGGCGUCACAUGUUUUGAAAUGAUCUCUUAUGGAAUUGAAGUAGAUACCCUAAUUGACUUAACACAGGAAAUGUAUGGUAACAUGAAAUGUGUGGAGUUGUGAAAAAUUGAGUUUGAAUAUCUUUAGGUGUAUGUAAACCUUUGGCCUCAGCUGUAUAUGUUUAUACACUGUCCUAUUGGAAAGGUCUGUGGGUGAUUUAUUUUCUCAGUUCAGCGUUAAGUGUUUUGGCACAGUUGCUCUUUGGUCAUAGCUCCCCAUUGUAAACGAGAGACCGUUCUCUCCGGAUCUGCAUGUGAUUAAAAUACAUUGUGAAAACAAUGGAAACUCCACAGGUGGUAAAUGGGGCAUCUAAAAGAUUUUCCCCCUCUUCAGCUGUGGAGGUUUUGCUGAAUGGGAGCCAUCCAGGGCUUUUGUCUGACAUGCAAAUGAACCAAACAAACAUGUGGCUCCACCAGAACCAAGCUGUCCCAAGCCAUGCAAGGGAAGGCUAAAUUUACUCUGCACCUUAUUCAAAGGAAUACUUCUGAAAAACAUGGAGAUGUUGAUGAUACGUCAGUUGUAAUGCUGAUGGAAUAUUCAAUGGCCUGUAGGUGUACAGUACAAUAUAUUUAUUUCACAUUCUACUUAUAGCCUACUGUACUUGCAUGUGCUGAAAUGUUGAUGUUAUGAAUUACCUAAUUUUCUGGAAAUCAGGAAUUCCUUGCUAGGAAUUCAGUAUGAUCAUUCCAGUUGUCAUAAUGAAUCUCCCAAAAAGUCAAUAGACAAAACAUGCACCAGAAUCUUGUUUGUGUGUCAUCACCUUUUUUCACGGGAUUACCUUGUCGGUUUUCAUGUUAUUGUCGCUGUCAUAAAUUAAACUGAAAUCUUCCAUAUAUUUUCUGGUUACCCAUUUACAACUGUGUUUGUAGUGUAAAAUUUGCGCUGGCAUUGAGACAGAAGUCGCCUUUAUUUGGUAACACCAUUUUAACAUCAGGGUGCAUGUCAGUCUUGUAAUGAUUUUACGUUUGUUUAGAUCAUAUCUUAGAUUACAAAGAAUACUGAAUACCAACAACAAACAGUACACAACAACGUACCAAUUUCUACAUAUAGAAAAUCCAAAAUAAAUAUUCACGGAGGAAUGACUAAAUUAAGUUUGAUAAAGUAACUUGACGGACGUUUUGACUGAGGAACAUAGGUAAUCAGACUGGGUUUUCCAUAGAGACACAAGACUUCUCAAGACUUCACAAGAUUUCACAUCGUCUGAGUACCUCCUGCGUCAUUUUGCUAAUGUGAAGAGUAUUUCGCUGUUUAUAAUACUGUCUAUCAUUUGAAAAACACUGAUGAGCAACAUAGAGAAGACACUGCGUUAAAAGGUGUGUAUUUCAUCCUUUGAAACGGCAAUAUGAAACCUUUCUCAGUGCGUGACCAGCUGGGCAACGUUCUUCUGUCGUCUUGGAUCAUUAGCAGUCGAUGUCGUUGAUGGAUAAUGGACCAAUUCAGUGUACUUGCAUUAUGAAACCGUACUUUAUCGCCCUAUUUAAUGGCAAAGAACAAGCAUGAAUAAGUAGGUCUACCGUCUGAAAUAAAUGAUUCGAAUAUUCGCUGUACUUUUGCAUCCCGCAAAACAUAAGGGCGAUUCCAAUGAUGAUUCCGAUACCCGUUUUAGCCCUUCAAGAGUUCACACUAAUGCUGAUUUAACUCAAUGAAAAGCAAUGGAGCUCUAUAACACUUAAACAUUUUAUUUAUUAUUUUGGGCCAAAAAACCGCUUUUAUUAUACUUUUACCCAGUCGUACGACUUUUUGUGUGGUACAUACUGAUCCGAUUGUUCGGUAUUAUAUUCAAUCAGAUUUACAGUAAGGUAGCGCGUGAAAGGUUCUGAUUCUGAAUAAUACUGACUGAUUACAUAUUGGUGUUUUUCUGUACAAAACAAGUCUUGUCUUGCAAGACGUCUUCUAAUUUCAAACUAUCCGCGGCACUAGUACUUUUGCGACCACAAGAGGGUGUAGUCAAAGAAUUGGUUCGUUUUUUGCUCCCAAAAUGCCUUGCGAAACGCUAUAAAAUCCAAGUCGCAUGCGCAGUACAAUCAGAUACAGAAUGCAUGGUACGAGAGUGGAAGGAUGUGUGGUCGGUUGAGUGAAUCGAAUAUGAGUGAGAGUGUGUGUAAAUGUUGUCUGUUGUGUGAUUGAGUUGUUAGGGGAAAAAACUACACCGUGAUCUUAUUUGAUCAGAUUGGAGACUGGCCUUGCUUCAAUUCUGAAAUGAUAUAACCCGACAUGCGAGCCUACUGGGCGAUGAGCAAGAGGCAUUUCGUUAACGUUAACUCAAGGCCGCCACAAAAGCUUGUGGUCUAGAGAUGAUGAUUUGAUCAGAUAUACUAGUACCGGUAAAACCAGGGUUUUACUUCUGGGUCUUCCGGUCGAUGAGUAUAGAGGCGAUUCUGAUCUGA